CGCCGAGAGUCUCUCAUCCCACCACACGACACGACACGAGCGCGCGCGAACACCGUUUCUACUAAGCACAAACGCGACGAACACGCGCCCAAGAGGAGGAUAUGCAGCUGGAGAUUUCGCCGAGACAGAGGAGCCAGCAGCAGAAGGAGGAGGAAGGCGAGCACCAGCAGCGCGCCGGCGAGGAGGCGGUGGGCGCCGUCUUCAGCAUUGAGCCGUGGGUGGACGCCGCGGCGGUGCUGGUGCCGCCGCUUAACUUCGCCGAGGUGAACGACGGCAUCUUCCGCUCCGGGUUCCCCGCCGCCGACAACUUCGCGUUCCUCCUCUCCCUCAAGCUACGCUCGAUCGUGUACCUGUGCCCGGAGCCGUACCCGGAGGAGAACACGCGGUUUCUGGAGCAGAACGGCAUCAAGCUUCACCAGUUCGGUAUUGACGGCAGCAAGGAGCUGCUUGUAAACAUCCCUGAAGAAAAAAUCCGAGAAGCACUCAAAGUUAUUCUUGACGUAAGGAAUCAACCGGUGCUCAUCCACUGCAAGAGAGGCAAGCACCGGACUGGCUGCGUCGUUGGGUGCCUGAGAAAGUUGCAGAAAUGGUGCCUAACUUCAGUUUUCGACGAGUACCAGCAUUUUGCAGCGGCGAAGGCGAGAAGUACUGAUCAGAGAUUCAUGGAGCUGUUUGACACAUCCAGCUUGGAGGCGCCGCCGCCGCCGCCGCCGAAUCCGGCUCCGAAGCAGGGGGCGGAGGGGAAUGGCCCGAAGGUCUCGUCGCCCAAGAGGCAGGCCUUCCACCGCAUCUGGUCGACCGAGGACGAGGUGCGCAUCCUCGAGGCGCUCGCGGCGCACCGCCGGGAGCACGGGUCGCUGCCACAGACCGACGCGCUCAUCGCCACCCUCGCCGGCAGCCUCGACAACACUGGCUACGGCCGCAAGGAGCUCCAGGGGAAGGUCAGCACUCUCAAGCGCCGUUACGAAUCCACCGCUAAGAAGAAGGGCGAUCUCCCAAGCAAGGGCCAUGACCGCCGGCUCUAUGACCUCUCCAAGAGCGUCUGGGGCAGCGAGGCGGCAGCGGCGGCGGUGAACGGCACCACCACCGCGCCGAGGGAGUUCGGCGAGAUGUGCGAGCUGUACCCGCACCUCGCUGAGGAGGUCAAGUUGCUGGAGGCGGCACACCCUGGCUUGUUCAAGAGGGACUUCGGGAAGCUCGAUGACGACAAGGCGCAUGCGCUGGACAUGAAGAUCAAGAAGCAGAGGAUUGCCGAGAUUUCGGUGGUGCUGCGCCGUGGCGACCUGACCAAGGAGGUGACCAAGGUGCUCGCUGAGCUGGUCGAGUGACUAGGUGAGCUGAACUGAAGUGAACAGUAGUAGCUCGGCGUUCCUUACCAUGGCAUAAGAAAGUGUACCUGGUCAUUACCUGCAAACUAUAUCGUGAACAGGCAUUACCUGCAAAAUUUUGCUUCUUAGUGAUGGAGUUGGAUGUUCUAUGUUCUUGUCUAGGCAAUUCAGUCAGCGUCUCUUCUCAGUUCAGAUAGAUCGAUAGGAUGUAGUAUAAAACAUUGAAAUUUCGUUUUUGGUUUGUCUUAUCAUUCCAGACAGUGAUAGAAUGUAGCAAGACUGAAAUCGGUCAUCGAAUCAGUCCUGAACUCUUGACUCCUUUAUAAACUGAACCCCAGUCCUCGUUAAGUA